UGAUAACGUGUAUAGUUGAGUUAAGGUGCAGAGGAGUUUGGUGCCGUGGUCAUAAAUGUGAACUCUUCGUAAUCCGCAUCAGGAGAAACACUUUCACUAUCGAAGCAAACCUCGAGUGCUCUGGCUGACAGCGGUAAAGGAGAGGCGAGACAGUGUCGUUCCGUGAGUUGAACAGUUCCAAACUAUACAUUUAACUAAGCUGAACAGGAAGGAAGGAUUUAUAACGGAUUCUUGCAGUUUCCUCAUCGAUCGUUCGAUUCAUUUGAUUCUCGGUUGUUUCCCCGCGUCCUUCGAUAACAGGACGAUGCACGGUGACGAUCAAGAACAAGUCGAUGUCCAGAUUUGAGAGAGAAGAAAUCUUCUAGUUGGACGAGCAGUGCGGCAAAAUUCGGAGUGAACUUGGUCCGUAACCCCUGACGGAAUUCCUUUUCAAGAUCGACGAUCAUGAGCAGAAUUCAGUUCGCUGCUUACUGCAAACGUCCCAUCUGAAGCGGAGGUCAUAUAAUGCAUUGCGUACUUCGUGGCCGGGGACUCCAAAAGCUUCGUGCACGGCCACCUGAUAUUGAUUUAUGACCAACGUGCUACAGUUGUUUUGUGAUAAGCGUGUAAAAUAAGUGUAAAUAAAAUAUUGGAAGAAAAAAGAGGAAGAAGAACCAACGAUAUUAUUAGGAGUGAAGUACAUCAGUGCGAAUCGAAAAGUAGAUAUAAGUUUCAAAGUAUAUCCACGUAAGUAGAGUGAAGUGUGACGCUGGAGUAAAAGUCGGUUUUGAACGGACGCGAUGUAUUUUUCUAUUUCCAGUUAUUAAACCGUCGAAAACCCUGAUAUAAUAGAAUUUGUCGAGGAAUAGUAACCGUAAAGUAGAUUGGUAUAGAAAAAAAAAGCGAAAAAUAUGGUUUUCAGCGCGAUCGUGGUAACGUCAGCGUUAAAAGGAGCGGUGGGAGUGGUCGGUACAGGGCUAUGGUUAAUUCCAUUACUAAUUGCCGGACUCACGUACUACAGAUAUGACCUUGUUGACCCAGAAAGUCGACCGAUAAAUCGAUACCCUCUGGACCCUGUUUACGAUUUCGUGAUAAUCGGUGGCGGUUCAGCGGGUGCGGUGGUGGCCAGUAGAUUGUCGGAGAUAACGGAUUGGAAAAUUUUACUCCUCGAGGCUGGUCCGGAUGAAAAUGAAAUAACGGACGUACCUUCGUUAUCCGCAUACCUCCAGUUGACGAAAUUGGAUUGGCAGUACAAGACCGAACCGACUGGAAAAGCUUGUUUGGCGAUGAAAGGUGCGAGAUGUAAUUGGCCGCGUGGAAAAGUUCUCGGAGGAUCGAGUGUCCUCAACUACAUGCUCUACGUGAGGGGAAACAAGCACGACUACGAUCUGUGGGAAUCGAUGGGGAAUACCGGAUGGGGUUACGAUCAGGCUUUGUAUUACUUCAAAAAAUCAGAGGACAAUCGUAACCCGUAUCUUGCCAAGAGUCCCUAUCACGGUACCGGGGGUUUGCUCACCGUUCAAGAAGCGCCGUGGAAAACACCGCUCGUUGUCGCUUUCGUCGAAGCCGGAACGGAGAUCGGAUACGAGAACAGAGAUAUCAACGGGGAACACCAAACUGGAUUCAUGAUCGCCCAAGGAACCAUCAGAAGGGGAUCGAGGUGUUCAACGGCGAAGGCUUUCCUCCGACCCGUCAGACUCCGAAACAACAUACACACGGCCAUGAACGCCCACGUUACCAAGAUCAUCAUCAAUCCGGUCUCCCUGAAAACCGUGGGUGUCGAAUUCAUCAGGGAUGGAAAGAGGCAGCUGGUAAGGGCGAGAAAGGAAGUGAUCCUGUCGGCCGGGGCGAUAAAUACGCCACAAAUCUUGAUGCUCUCCGGUAUCGGUCCGAAGGAGCACCUGCGACACGUCGGAAUACCGCUGUUGAAGGACUUGAGGGUCGGCGAUAAUCUUCAGGAUCACGUCGCCAUGGGGGGCCUUACAUUUCUCAUCGACAAACCGGUGGCGAUCGUGCAGGAUCGAUUCUCACCGGUCGGCAUAACGAUGCAUUACUUGGCGAACGGUAAGGGACCGAUGACGACGUUGGGCGGCGUCGAAGGACUAGCUUUCGUCAACACGAAAUACGCCAACAAAUCGGGAACUUGGCCAGACGUUCAGUUCCACAUGGCGCCGGCUUCCAUUAAUUCCGACGCUGGCACCCAAGUCAGGAAGAUAUUCGGCCUGACCGACAAGGUGUACGACACCGUCUACAAACCAAUCGCCAACAAGGAUGCUUGGACCAUAAUGCCGCUUUUACUGAGGCCAAGAUCCCGAGGAACGGUGCGUCUUCGUAGUUCUAAUCCUUUUCACAAGCCCGUGAUAGACGCCAAUUACUUCGCGGACCCGUACGACGUCGCGGUUUUGGUAGAGGGAGUGAAAAUCGCUAUGCGGGUGAGCGAGGCCAAGGUCUUCAAACAGUUCGGCUCGAGAGUUCAUCGCAACAAACUUCCGGGCUGUCAACAUUUGAAAUUCGCCUCUGACGCGUACUGGGAAUGCCAGAUCCGACACAUUUCGAUGACCAUUUAUCACCCCGUUGGAACGGCUAAAAUGGGACCGGAAUGGGACCGAAACGCAGUAGUGGAUCCAAGAUUAAGAGUCUACGGCAUUGAGGGCCUACGCGUAAUCGACGCCUCGAUAAUGCCCACUAUUUCCAGCGGCAAUACGAACGCGCCCGUUAUUAUGAUCGCUGAAAAAGGUGCCGAUCUGAUAAAAACUGAUUGGUUGUCAGCGUCGAAGAGGUGACGAAUGUUCAUAGUUUGAUCUCGUUAAAAUGUAAUUUUCACGAACUCUUAGGGUAAUCAAAAAUAAACUUUUAAAUUUUCUAACGAACCAUUAAAUAAUUCUGACGAGCUGUUUCCGCGCGGUGAUAAAAAAAAGACACGUGUGCUAUUUCCUAAGUUAUAUUUGUUUCUCAGGUACAAUUAGUGUGAAGUGAGCGAUUUUCUAGUGCCAUAAGUUGAAUGGAAGAAAAAGAAGAAAGAAAAAAUAUUGAAAAAAAAACAAACUUGUGCGAACUGCUGAUGAAUCGAGUCGUAAAAAAUUGCAAAAGCCCCAACAAACGCUCUGCUGUUAUCGUAAAUCUAUGAGCCUGAUAUUCAGAGGCGUGCAAAAGAUGUAAUAUAGUAUAGAGAGCCAAAAAAAUGUACAUAAUUUGGCAAUUCCACGACUGUAAUUGUAGGAAAAUAUUUGUUAACAAGUGAGUAUUACGAAGGUGUACAUUGUUUGUAAAUAUUAUUGCCAAUAAAAUGACGAUCGAUCCUGUUA